AUGGAUGAUGCUUCAGACGACAACGACAACGACAACGGUGUCGCUGGCAGUAGUGGUUCUCCCACCCGAGUGACACAAUCCGGUUUAUAUGACUGCGCAGGCCAAGUUCAAUCGCCACGCCAACAUUCUCGCUUCUACGCUGUAGUCGUUCCCAAGAGCAGAGACCAGAGCCUCGUCCAGCAUGCUCGAGAAGCUCUGCUGCUGAUGGGCUGUGACUGGAAAUCUCAGAACCAAUCUGUUUCAGAGGUUAUUUCCGCACCGGGGAUCAGUCGGGGACCAACGCAGCACACUGGACACUCUGGCUCAGAACGUCUUCCAGAAUACAACAGAGAUGAAGAGCACUGUGAAAAUGACAAACAAGGGAACAUCAAUCAUCUCCACGUGAGCGGCAGCAGCCCACGCCUCGGUGGUGGUGGUCAACGUACGCGCGGCGGCCCUCAGGCGACGAGACAACAGACUGGCGAACGCUGCCAGCGUUGCAUCCUCCAACGAAAAAGAUGCGACGCCGUGAAGCCUGUCUGUGGCAACUGUGCGCAGAGGAAGCGCGACCCGGAUUGUCAAUGGCCAGGGCCCGUGACACGAAGUCAACUGCUGGCAGCGAGGCAUCCGAAUCCAACACCUCCAUUGGCUUGA